UUUUCUAAGCAAAGAUCCUAAAAACUCGAGCGUCGUUGACACCGCUACUCGAUCUCGGCGGAGCGCACUUUCCAGAAGAAACGAGACGUCGCGAUCGGAUGACUUUCGCAAUCGCCUUCCUCUCUUUCUCGCUCUCCGCUCCGGCCCUAUCCUCGUCUACUGCCCCCCUCCUCCAUCUCCAUCCUCGCUCCCUUCGCCUUCAGAUGGCGCCGCUCGUUCAUCGCUCCUUCGGCUCCGUCAGCGGAUUCCCACGGAAGAUUCGCUUGAGCUAUCCUCGGUCUUUCAAUUCACCUGAUAUAUUAGGAUCUUCCUCCCCGAUCUCUGAUCAAGAUGACUCACUCCCGAUGCCCAUAGUUCAUAUGGAUCAAGAUUCUGAUGCUUAUGCCACAACUGUGCAACUUAGCUCUGGGGACCAUUUAGGAGCACUAGUUGCCAAGUUGUAUAUUGUAUACUUGAGAGAGAAGAAGCAUGAGAAUCCAGAGCAUGUCACUGACUCACACCUAGAUAUGCUCACUUGUCUCCUUGGAAGCAAAAAGGAUGUCCUGACUUCUAUGGUUUACAGUUACAAGCAUGUCAUCUCAGGCUUUGCAGCUAUGCUUACAGAAGAGCAAGCAAAACAAUUAGCAGAGUCACCUGACGUGAUCAGUGUAUAGCCGAACAGAAACUACGAGCUACAACCAACAUGGAGCUGGGAUUUUCUGGAGGUGCAGUAUGAUCAUCCGACUCAACUCCUCGAGAAGAGCAACUAUGGAGAUGGCACCAUCACAGGAAUCGUUGAUACAGGUGCGAAUGAUGAUACAAGGGAGGUGUUGGGGAACGAGGAGGCGGGAUAGUCGAGGAGAUGGAAUGAAAUGCAAAGCACGCUGUCCGGAGGUCCCUAGGGGAAUGUUAAUAAAUUUUGUUCCUGAUUCGUUAUGUUAAAAUGAGUUGGAGACUAUGUGCUUGUUUUGUUCGGAGUCUUAUGAAUUUUCGUUGAAAAGUUUAUGUUGAGUUUGAGGUUCAUAUGUGAUACAAACUUUCUUGAGUCAAUGGUGAAUGUGAGUUUUAUUGCUUUGGAGGUCG